UCGGUUCCGCAAUCGCACGGAAUAGGAUAAUUCCGUACUCGUUUUGUACUUUACAAUCCGUUACAUACUUCCGGGGAGUUCGAUACAACAACAACAACUACAACUGAACAAAGAAGGUCAUCGAUUAUAUUUUAUAGCCACAGUAUGGGGAAGAAGUAUUGCUGUGUCCCACUGUGUCACAAUACAUCAGACACUGUUACAGAAAAUGGCUCAAAGGUGAUUCUCCACAGAUUUCCAAUGUCAGAAAAGAAAUCUCACAUAAAGAGGCAAUAGAUAACCAGAGUUAAUAAUGUUAGGGCUAAUUUCGUGGUGAAUGAUAGUUCUCGAAUUUGCAGUGAACAUUUUGAGGGUCCAUUCACAGACCAAUCACUACCAAUAAGGUUUCCAUCAAAGCCUCAAAAGGAAGUUAAGACAAGAAGACCUCUUUUAAAAUAUGAAGUAAAUGUUGACAGCAAUAAUAACAUUCCUCCAUGUGAUACACAAAUGAGCCAUAUUAAUGAUACCAGCAUUUUAAAAGGUUUGAAUGAGAAUGAACAUGCUAUGCAUAACUUUGAAAAACUGGUGAUUGCUACACAAACUAUGGACACAGGUAUGAAUGCAACACCUGAAUAUGUUGAUGUGGAAACACAAGUGGGCCACACAAAAGAGGUGAAGGAUAUAGGAAUACAGUGUGACUUACCUAGGAUGAUAUUCGAGGAUAUUAAAGAUGAUGACAGCAAAGUCAAGUUUUAUACUGGCUUCCCAACUUUUAAAGUGUUUUGGCUGUUCUUCUUGACACUAACUAAACAUGGUGCAGAGAAACUAAACUAUUGGGAAGGAGAAAAAAGAUCAAUGGGGGAUAAACUGUACCACCAGGAAAGUUAUGACAAGCCAGGAAAAAAAAGGUUUUUACGACCAAUAGAUGAAUUUCUCUUAACAUGUAUGAAAUUGAGACUUGGAUUGAAUCAAGAACAUUUAGCCGACAUAUUCAGAAUUUCAAAAACAACAGUUUCACGAACAUUCAAUACUUGGGUUAACUUUAUAUAUGACCAUAGCAAAGGUUUAAUUGCUUGGCCUACAAGAGAACAAAUACUUGCGAAUCUACCUCAGCAUUUUAAUGAUCAUGUUAAUACAAGAAUUGUACUUGAUUGCACAAAAUUUUUUACUGAAAGACCUUCUUCUCUUGUGUCACAGUGGCUGACAUGGUCUGAAUAUAAGCAUCACAAUACAUUUAAAAUCUUAAUAGGAGUAACACCUAAUGGAAUGGUAACAUUUGUGUCAAGAUUAUGGGGAGGAAAUGUUUCUGACAGACAUAUAGUUGAACAUGAUGGGUUGAUACCUAAAUUGUCUCCUGGAGAUGUUAUAAUGGCAGAUAAGGGGUUUACUAUUGAAGACUUACUCUCCCCAGACAUUGGUUUAAAUGUUCCACCUCGUGUAUCAACAAAACAUCAGAUGUCAUCCUCAGAAUUUUUCAAAACAGCUAACAUUGCCUCAGCUAGAAUUGUUGUCGAGAUGAAAAUGGAGCAAGUGAAAAAUUUUCAGAUUUUGAAUUCUAUUUUACCACUUUCAGAAGCACAUCUGGCUGAACAAAUAGCUAUAAUUUGUAUAUCUUGGACAAACUUAUUGCCUCCUCUUUUGCAAUAACUUAAACAUUAAGGGCAAUUCCAACAGUAUAUUUCUGACAGUGAUAAUUUCUUUAUUUUUACAUAAGUUAUGUUAAUAUUGUUUUCAGCACAUACUGUUAUCAUAGAACAAAUUUAAGCUAAAAAAAAUAGUGUACAAAAUAAUGUAGGUCAAAAUUAAACCAAAGAAAUGUGUGUCAAACUUGCAAUGUCAUAUAUAUAUUGUCAAAAAUAAACAAGUGACAUGUCCCACAAAACCUCAUUUUGACAUUUGAAUAUGUAACAAAAUUUUCAGGAAAAUAUAUAUAUUUAUUUUCAAUCAUUUACUGACUCUUAUUACCUUUCUUCACUUGCAUGACUUGAAACUAUUGGACAUGCUCUUAAAUUAUACAAACAGCUGUUGUCAUGACAUGCAAUUUUGUUUUCAUUUUUCAUGCCAUACAAGUAUACAUGUACAUGAUGUACAUGAAUAUUAAAGAUAACAAAAUUUUAUUGUAUUAAUUUCUUAUCUCAAUUAUCAUAUGAUUACAUGUAUAUGGUUCACUUAACUUUAAAAUAUGACUGUGUAAAAC